CGCCGCCGCCGCCGCCUGAGGAGCCCCGGGAGCUGGCGUCCGCCAUGGGCUGCUGGGGCCGCAACCGCGGGCGGCUGCUGUGCAUGCUGCUGCUCACCUUCCUGUUCAUGGUGCUGGAGGUGGUGGUGAGCCGCGUCACCGCGUCGCUCGCCAUGCUGUCCGACUCGUUCCACAUGCUGUCGGACGUGCUGGCGCUGGUCGUGGCGCUGGUGGCCGAGCGCUUCGCCCGCCGCACGCACGCCACGCAGAAGAACACGUUCGGCUGGAUCCGCGCCGAGGUGAUGGGCGCGCUGGUGAACGCCAUCUUCCUCACCGGGCUGUGCUUCGCCAUCCUGCUCGAGGCCGUCGAGCGCUUCCUGGAGCCGCACGAGAUGCAGCGGCCGCUCGUGGUGCUGGGCGUGGGCGCCGCGGGGCUGGUGGUGAACGUGCUGGGGCUCUGCCUCUUCCACCACCACAGCGGCCUGGGCCACGGACACGCGCACGGGCCCGCGCGCGCCCCGCACGCCGCGCCCGGGCUGCCCGCGCCCGACCCCGAGGAGACCAACAUCCUGGUGCCCGCGGGCGCCAGCGCCAACGGCCUCCUGCCCGAGCCCGCCGAUCCUGAAAAAUCCAGGAGCGAUGGAAUAGAAGUACAAGUGAAUGGAAACCCUAUCAGAGAGUCCGAACAUGAAGAAUUGGGAGAGGAGGAGCAGGCUGCGCAGCUUAACAUGCGAGGAGUUUUUCUACAUGUCUUCGGAGAUGCUUUGGGUUCAGUAAUUGUAGUCAUAAAUGCGUUGGUCUUUUACUUUUCUUGGAAAGGUUGUCCAGAAGUGGGGUUGUGUGUGAACCCGUGUGCCCCUGACCCCUGCAAAGCCUUUGUAGACAAGAUUAAUGGUACUCAAGCGACCAUUUAUGAGGUUGGUCCCUGCUGGGUGCUCUAUUUAGAUCCAACUCUCUGUGUUGUCAUGGUUUGUAUACUUCUUUACACGACUUACCCGUUGCUUAAGGAGUCUGCUCUGAUUCUUCUACAAACUGUUCCUAAACAAAUUGAUAUCAAGCAUUUGAUAAAAGAACUUCGAGCUGUUGAAGGGGUGGAGGAAGUUCAUGAAUUACACGUUUGGCAACUUGCUGGAAGCAGGAUCAUCGCUACCGCUCACAUAAAAUGUGAAGACCCAGCAUCGUACAUGCAGGUGGCCAAAACCAUUAAGGAUGUUUUCCAUAAUCAGGGAAUUCACGCCACUACCAUCCAACCGGAGUUUGCCAGUGUAGGCUCUAAGUCAAGUGUAGUCCCUUGUGAACUUGCCUGCAGAACUCAGUGCGCUUUGAAGCAAUGUUGUGGAACAAGGCCGCCAGCCCCUCCUGGAAAGGAUGCUGACAAGUCCCGGUCAGUUAGCAUUUCUUGUCUAGAACUCAGUGAUAAUUUAGAGAAGAAGCCCAGGAGGACUAAAAUGGAAAACGUCCCUGCCGUUGUGGUAGACAUUAAAAAAGUGCCAAGCAAUCAGCCCGAGUCAUCUUUGUGAAAAAGAAGUGGUAUUUGAUUUUUGCUUUAACUGCAAGAGGAAAAAGACUCUGUUGAAAUUCGGAGUUUGCCAAGUGGUAUAACUGAAGUCCUUGUCUGAUUGAAUUCUAUUUUUGUAAGAACGUACGAGGACUGUUUAAACAGAAUUCUAUAUUCCAGCUUCACGCUCACUAAUGAAGAGUACAGCUAUGCUGUAACAAUUUUGGAAAGCCAGUUUUAACACUAUGUUACAUUUUUGUUGAAAGUAAGUAUAGACUUAUAGCAUAAUGACAUUUGAUUUCCAGUUUUUCCAUGGUAAAUUAGGGGGGGUAAAUAAAGUUGUUACUGGAAAACUUCUGCUUUUUUCCCCCCCUCCCCUAUACUUGAUUAGAAUUUUAUGAUCACCAGAACUUAAAAAAAAAAAAGUCAAAGUUUGUUUGCUUUGACAUUUUGAGUAAUAUUUACUUGCCUUUUGAGAUCCUUAUAAAGCAUGAUGACAGCAUAUUUUCUAGAGUGACUGAUGUGUAUUACAAGGGAAAGUUCCUUUUUUUUCUUCACCUGGGGUAUGUAAUACUAAGACUCGGUUUCUACCCUGGAUUCUAUAUUGUUGAGUAUUCUAAUAAACAGUGAGAGAAUUAACAGCUGUUGUUUACAUAAUAGGGCAUUUGGGCAGUAAGAGCAGGGAAGAAGGUUUACCAGAUUAAAUAUGUAGGAUAGUGUUCAGGUGACGUUUCUACAUUUCCUGAGAAUUUGAACUGGAGUUUUCUUUAACCACAGUUCGCCUAGAACAUAGACAUCUUCACCAGCACCGCUGUCUUGGAAGGAUAGAUAUUAGUUAGAAUCAUUGAGCAGUAAAUCUUAAGGAAAUCCAAUUUGAUCUAAUGAUCACCUGUUAAAUACAAGCCUAUUCGUGCAGACUUAAAUUAGGGGUGUUUCCAAAAGUGUGUGAGUUAAAUUCAAUACUCAGAGAAGUAAAUGGAUUCCAACAAAAUUCUUCAGGCACACAUAACGGCGAUGUCAUGCUUUGCCAAGAGCCACUGACUGACCUGAGAGAAGAAAAAUUGGAAAGUCAAUGAGAUUUGGAUAUUCAGUUCCUAGAAAGCACAAUCAGUCACAACAAAACUAAUCAGUCAUUGAGAUUCCAGAAGUCAUCCUGUCUUGACUUUGCUCAUAGCUUCUGUCAGCGGCUUCUUUUGUAAAAUGCCACAAUAUCUGACACAGGAAAUUGUUCUUGCUGUCCCAUUGUUACUAUGGAUUUCAAGUUCACAGAGAAGUAGGACUUAAGGUGUUUACGUUAUAUUUUUCUGAUAGAAAGGGGUUGUGCUUUGUGGGAAGAACUAGAAUUUUGUCCUCAAAAGUCGGAAUGUUAAUAUCAGUUAUCAUGUAUAGCUCUAUUUUUCUAUAAACAAGGUAUCCUGACUACUUAAGAAACUUUUAUAGCUUUGGGGGUUGCUACAUUUUUGAAUUGGAAAUAAUUCAUUGUUUCAUGGGUCUCAAGAUGAAAGUGUUGGCAUUUGACAGUUCACUUUUUAGAGGGAUGAUCUUUUUGUGGUAGCUGGUGUGGUUGUUUUCUAGUUCAAGCCUGUUGCUGGCAAUGGGCCUGCUUAAGAACAGCUGACAUUGCCGAUGAGGAGGAGGUCAUUUUAGGAACAGUUUGUAAAUUCACACUUCCUGUAACGGGCCAAAACCAUAACCUGCGAAUUUGCAGCACAUUGUGAUCUUUGAAUACUGUUAUGUGAUAUUGUAGAAUUCAUUUCCUAAUCUGGUAUUUAACUUUGAAUUUUGCAACAUUGUUUUUUAAACAUGAAAUUGGGGGAAUCUCAUGGGUGGGUAGUAUGAGAGAGAACUUUGAAUUGUACUGUAUCAUGUACAUUCCUGAUCUAAUACUUAGAACUUUCAAAACACGUGUGAUCUCUAAACAGCUUAUGUUGUAGAAACGUUUUGGUAGUGGUGAUACAUUAGGACAACUAGUAGAAUGUGUUACAUUCAGUGAAGUUUUCGGUAACAUGCUGUGUUGGUCUGUUCCUUAGAAAUUGCAUUGCUGUACGAGACACCCAACAAAAUAAGUUUUUGGUUUUUUUUUCCCCCUCACAAUGGUGUAUGAGCAUGGGGCAAGACCCUUUUUUUUUUUUUUUUUUUUUUAAUCAAAGGGUCUUUGAGGGUAACAGUCUUUUAGAUGUUAAUUAUCUCACUUAAUGUUUAAGUAGCUUACAUGUAACAAAAGUGGUACCAUGGGAUUCUCUUUUUCAGGACUUUGUCAUAAUAGUAAAACUGAUAGGCACUGAUUCACCUUUUUGGAGAAUUAUUUAUUUCUUUACAAUGCACUUUCUAACCCACUUAUAGCUAUUUUAACAUUAUCUUUUUUAAAAUGCUUUUAUAUUUAAAUAUUGUGGAAUUUAAGUGUCUUUUCCAAAUAGCUCAUUCCUUCCUGAACAAAAAUGAGGGAAAUACCCUAAAUUGUGGUUAGGAGACUUAAGUCCAGUAUUUAAAUAUGCUGUUAUAUUCGAACACUGCAUCAGUUUUAGGGGGUGCAACUCUCCUGAUGGCUCUCUUAUAUUUGAGCGAGGUCUGUGUGUGUGGAUUAUGAGUCCUGUCUGUUGUCUGAGGUGAGUGAGAAGGUGCUGCAUGUGCCUGAGUUAAAACCACCCAGGACUUGGUGAAAACAGAGAUCUCAUUCAUUGUCACUUGUUGGUUUAUAUGCUUAAGUUUUGUUUUUGUUUUUGAAAGGCAUCUGCAUUGUAAAAGUGUGGAUUAGAACCUAUAUGUAUAUAAACUCACAAAUUCUGCUGUGUGUAUUUUAACAUUUUAGAAAACUAUGUUUGAAUAACUAAGGUAUAUAAUUUGAAUAGGAAGAAAUCCCAAUGAGCACCUUGGAAAACUCAUAGAAGACCGUUAGCAUGUCUGCAACUUGUUAACAUCCUCAGUUAAUUCUGAAUUGUUGAAAUUGUUGAGAGGGAAGACCUAUGGGACCUAAUGUAGAAUAUUUACUAGACUAAUGUGUUGAGUUGAAGAUUUUUACUAUUUAUAAGCAGAUAACAUCUGAAUGAUAUAAAUGUCACUUACCUGCUGUCUUAAGAUGUUCACAUUACACGGAUAUGGAGAAUAAUUCUACAAUAUAGAGAUAUUUAUUUUAAUAGACCUUCAGUUAAGUCAUAAAACAGUGUUAAAAAGUUGGGAUGGUGGAGGGGUUUUUGUUUGUUGUUGUUUUUUUUAAUUGAAACCUUCAAGUACAGUGUUUGACAGUCUGAAACUGAAAUUGUAAUGACUAUUUUGAUGUAGCUCGAUGGAUACUAUGUGGCAAUGCUCUUUUGUUUUAUAAACAAACCCUGGAGUAGUGGUCAUUUUCACUGGCACAGGAGCCUUUUUCUAUGUCAUUCAAUUUAAACUUCUAAACCAAAAAAUAUGUGAUCCAGUGUCUUUGGCAAAAAGAUGCUGAAGGGAAUGUAACAUACGAUCACUAUGUGUUAUAUAUUUCAAAAAACACAAAUCACCAUGUGUGCUUCUGCCUUGAAACAGCACAAUGAAGUGUAUCUGUGUCUCUGUGAUUCUGAAUUCCCGCGUGUUGUGUUGCGUCUGCCGCAGCCUGUGGCCAGCCGUGGCCCAGCUCAGUGCAGAGCUCAUCUCCCGACGCAGAUGCUGCAGCGUGACCUGACUUGUGUUCCUGACUGUGCCGCUGUUUUCCAAAGCUGUUCUACCUCACCCUGAGGCUUCACAGAUUGUUGUGUGUUAUGAAUGUUCUUUAGGAGACAGACUACUGUGUUUCUUCUCGUUCAUUAAAAGUUAAGUAGGAAAAUAAAGAAAUUUUACUAUC